CUCACACCCAAAAUUUCCAUCCUCCCCAGCCGGGCGAUGCCAUCUCCUCUUGACACAAAGGUCCUCAUCGGCGCCACAGGCAUCCUCUGCAUCAAGCUGUACGUGACCCUCAUGAUCCAAGGUGGCAAGCGGUUUGCGGCGGGAACACGACCGCCUGAGGACCAAAUGCUAAAGAUGUUUAACCCGUCGAAGCAACGACAAACGUUCGGCGUGGUCGACCACGCCGCUGCAGCCAAGAAGAGCGAGGACAAACCUGCCAGUGGCUUGCGUGAAAAGCCGACGGAUCGAGCCGUGGAAGACGACAUUCGAUGGGAACGCAUUGUCCGCAAUGACUUGGAAAACAUCCCGAUUGGGUUGUUGACCGCGUGGGCCGCCGUCAACUCUGGCGGCAAUGUGGUCGUCAAUACUGGGGCCAUCGCGGCGUUCACGUUGUUUCGCGUCCUGCACACGUAUGCGUACGCCAAGCAAUUGCAACCCCACCGCGGCUACAUUUGGUUUGGUGGUGUCUUGAGUGUCGUCACGCUGGUCGGGAACUCGUUUUACGGACUGUCCAAAUUGUAAUGAAAACAGCGCGCCAAUUUUCUUCUCA